AUGGCAAUAGUAUUCUACAGAGCAAAACGAAAUCCAAUGAUGUUUUAUUUUACACUGGGCGUCAUUCUCCUAAACGCGCUGGCGCUACUGGGCCUUCCAUAUGAUUUUAAUUGGCACAAAGCACCGUUGGCAUUGUGUUAUUUUCAAGCAAUAGGGGCGCAAUUCGGAGCCCUUGUAACAGGAAUCUGCGCAUUCAAUUUCAUAAUCCAAACAUACCGUCUUCUUGUCCUUCGUAAACAAUCCGAGAUUGCAGAUUCACGAUUGAUUUCUUAUUACUACGGAUCGAUGAUUGUCUAUCCAAUUAUCGGCACGAUAUUGGUAACUUUUGUGGCUAUCAAGACAAACGCUGUGGGAGUGAGAGACCUUAAAUGCGACAUAGUUAGUCCAAUCUGGGUUCGCCUAUUUGGUUACAAUGGCAUCAAUCUCUUCAUAUCUAUACCGGGCACAUAUUUCUCCACUCGUGCAACGUGGGCAGUAAUUCGUCAUUUAGAUCAAUUCAAAACAAACACGUCUUCUAUUCAAAGCCAUACACCCAUGAUAGAAUCUAGGAAUGCUGGCGGAGUCAUACAUGAUGAUGGUGAAACUCCUGUCGUGCAGGAAAGGCCUAACUUCGUAGCACCGGUUAUCAAUUCUCCUACGAAUAAAGCAUACAACAUUACGCGAUCUGCUGCUAUUCGCAUGGUUUUCUUUACAACUGCCUAUCUUCUCACGAAUAUUGUUGCAUCCAUAGAGACUAUUCUCUUUGCAUUGGCAGGAAAAUCUUUAGACCCACAUCCCGGCGGAUCUGACAUAACUUUAGUAUCACUCGGAAUUGCAUUGUUUUUGAUAUUUGGAACUGCUGGUGAUGUUAGAAAGUGGACUCUCCAAAAGCUAAAAAACUUACUUCAAAUGCUAGAAAACUUAUUUCAAAAGCUAAAAAACUUAUUUCAAAAGCUAAAAAACUUAUUUAGGAGAACAGAUCCCGAGGGAAGGGGGGUUCAUGCUAUGUAA